UCUGCGCUUCGACCCGGAACUCGGUGUCUCUGUUUCCUCCCGCUCGCUCUCUUUGUUCGCUCCGAGCCUCGAGGUGCAGAAGAGGAGCAACAUGUUCGCUCCGAGCCUCGAGGUGCAGAAGAGGAGCAACAUGUUCGCCGUGCAGCUGCUGCGAGUGUCGGUACAUGAGCGGAUCGGCGCCGCCGCUGAAGACUUCCUGCUGCAGGUGGAGAAAGGAGAAGAAGCGGCUCGAGUCCCGGCGCUGAGAGCGCUGCUCACCGAGCGGCUAACGGCGGCGGCGGAGGAGAUCGUCGGUCUGUUGGAGGAAACCGUGGCGGAGUACGAAGACCGAGUGGAGCGGUCCGAGCGGGAGAUCUGCCGCCAGAGGAGGCUGCUCGAUGCCGUGCUGAAGCCCGAAGUCAGGCUGCACCGAGCAGACGUCCAGCAGCUGAUGGUGGGUGAAGAAGAUUUUCCCCCUGAGCAGCAGCAAUGGAGCCCCAGUGUAAAGCAGGAGGAGCCAGACCCCCCCCACAUAAUAAAGGAACAGGAGGAAGCGUGGAGCAGUCUGGAGGGAGAGCAGCUUCAAUGGCUGGAGGAGGCUGAUAUCAUUAAGUUCACCAUGAGGAGUGAAGAAGAUGAAGAGAAACCUAAUACUGAGGAGAACAGAGAGGACUGCGGAGGACCAGAACCAGCCAUGAACUCAGGUCCUGAUGUACAUUUAGAACCAGGUCCUGAGGACCAGACUGAAGACUCUUCUGAACCUAAGACUGAAGAAAGUGGUGAUUGGAAGGAGACUAGAGAAUCAUCAGGUUCAAAGACACUCAAAAAUAGUAAAGUGUAUGCUGGUGAUUUGAGACGUAGUACUGGUGAGAAACCACAUAGCUGUUUUGAGUGUGGUAAAACAUUUAGGCAAAGUGUAGACCUGUUAAGACAUACGAUUGUUCAUACAGGAGAGAAGCCAUUUAGUUGUUCUGAGUGUUUUCAAAGAUUUGGUCGAAAGGAAAACAUGCAGCGACAUAUGAUGAUUCAUACAGGAGAGAAACCAUUUAGUUGUUCUGAGUGUGGUCAAAGAUUUGGACAGAAGAUGCAGCUAAAGUCACAUAUGAUGAUUCAUACAGAAGAGAAACAAUUUUGUUGUUCUGAGUGUGGUCAAAGAUUUAGGCAUAAAGGAAGCCUGCUCAAACAUAUGAUGACUCAUACUGGAGAGAAACCACAUAGCUGUUCUGAGUGUGGUCAAAGUUUCAGGCGAAAAGAACAUCUGAAUACUCAUAUGAGAAUUCAUACAGGAGAGAAACCAUUUAGUUGUUCCGAGUGUGGUCAAAAAUUUAGCCUAAGGGAAAAUCUGCAGCGACAUAUGAGGAUUCAUACAGGACAGAAACCAUUUAGUUGUUCUGAGUGUGGUCAAAGAUUUAGACAUAAAGAAAGCCUGCAAAAACACAUGAUGAUUCAUACAGGAGAGAAACCAUUAAGUUGUUCUGAGUGCAGUCAAAGAUUUAGGCAUAAAGAAAGCCUGCAGAAACACAUGAUGAUUCAUACAGGAGAGAAACCAUUAAGUUGUUCUGAGUGUGGUAAAAGAUUUAGGUUAAGGGAACAUCUGAAUACUCAUAUGAGAAUUCAUACAGGAGAGAAACCAUUUAGUUGCGGAGUUUGCAACAAACAUUUCACCUGGAAACCUCAGCAAAAAAAACAUCGUUGUGUUGUUGAGUCCUCACAGCUUCAGAGUCAGACUGAGGAUAACAGAGAGGACUGUGGAGGACCAGAACCAGCCAGGAACUCAGGUCCUGAUGAACAUUUAGAACCAGAUACUUUGAAGGAGGAGCCAGAGCCCCCCCACAUUAAAGAGGAACAGGAGGCACUGUGGAGCAGUCAGGAGGGAGAGAAGGUUCAAGGGCUGGAGAAGGCUGAUAUCAUCAAGUUCACCGUGAAGAGUGAAGAAGAUGAAGAGAAACCUCAGUCCUCACAGCUUCCUCAGAGUUAGACUGAGGAGAACCACAACCAGCCAGGAGCUCAAGUCCUGAGGACCAGACCAAAGACUCUUCUGAACCUAACAGUGAUUAUUGGAAGGAGACCAGAGAACUCUCAGGUCCAAAGACACUCAAAAUUAUUACAGUGUUUGUUGGUGAUAUGAGACAUAGUAAUUGUGAAAAACCAUUCAGCUGUUCUGAGUGUGGUAAAACAUUUAAUCAAAAGCAAAAUCUGAAGACCCAUAUGAUGAUUCAUACAGGACAGAAACCAUUUAGUUGCAGAUUGCAACAAAAGAUCUACCAGGAACUCUCAGAAUAAAACAAAGAAAACA